AUGCUAAUUCUAGUUCUACUCCUUGGCCUCUCCGCCAGCAUCGUCUCCGCAACGACAUUGCAACGUCGAGAUUAUGCGCAGACCGACUUCUUCAGUGCCAUCCACCGGAACAUCUGCAGCGAGGUGAAUGACAAGCAACACUCCUACCACACCGAAUCAUGCGAGUGCACGGCAACGAACGCCCUUCGAGCGUCCUGUCGCUCUGCAACCAAUGAACUGCACCAGCACAUCAGACAAUGCAGCACCCAGAACAGGAAUGUGAAAUGCUUCCCAUCCGAGAACUCGCCCAAGACUGGACCAGAUUGCGCCUGCAAGCCGGAGGAGAGGAAGAGCGGAGUUAAACUGCCAAACGACAGCAACGAUAUCGCCUGCACUGGUGGAGUGCACUUCCUUGCAGCAUACGCUACGGAAGUGGAAGCCAUUGACGUGUGGUCUGACAUUCGAGCUUCUCCGAAUAACAACGUCAUUACUUGUUGGGUCCAAGAUAACAGAGGCCGGACACUUACUUCGUAUGCUCCGUGCAAUUAUGCAGGCGGAGUGCCGCUCCGGAUCCCACUCCAUGGUGCUGGCGGCCAAGACGUUGCAACAUAUCAAGCCUGCAUUCAAACCACCACCAAUGACCGCGAAAGAGUCAAUAUUUCAUGGGUUCUUACAAGUCCCUUUGGCCAAACCCAGAAACGAGACGAAUUGACAGCGGGUAUUAGCUUGCGAGAAGCCGUAGACUACGAUGACAGUGCGGCUACAUCAGACGUGCAGGGUAACAUCGUUGUACGCAACGGGCAUGGAGAUGAGAUAUUUUUCCCGAAUAAGGGAUAGGUGGCGCCUUCCCUUGAAUUGAGUAGGUGCGGUGCUGAUUACUGUCCACGGAAGGUAGUAUACAGAGUGAGCGACAGUACGAAGGUUCGACUCCUUCGACGAGCUGCCGGUGCCGGGUUUGUCCUCUGUGGUGGUUAGGGAAAGGUGGAUGGUUAUUGGACACUGUGUAAUUAGCAAUUAAAAUAAAAAACGAUCUUAUGGCUCG